UGUAUUCAGACAAAUUAUAAUUGUAUUGUAUUACUGACUUAGUCAUAAAUGUCAAAAAUAUUUUCCAGUUAGUACUGUUUUUGUUGAUAAAUAUUCUGAAUUUGAUAAUAUAACGUUUUUCCAUUAAAAGAUCGUAAAUUAUAAUUUUUUGUGAUUUGUAAACGCUAAUAAUGGCUCCCUCCCAAGACAACAAUAGCGAAAUAAGCGAGAAAGAUAUUGUAGAGAAGGAAAACUUAUGGUCAUCCAUUCUUAAUGAUGUAAGAGAUCAUGGUAAUAACAAGCUACCCUCUUGUAAGCAAGUCCUAGUUUUGGGAGAUAAUGAAUCUGGAAAAACUACUUUAGUAGCCAAACUUCAAGGUGCAGAAAAUCCAAAGAAAGGUUCAGGAUUGGAAUAUGCUUACAUUGAUGUUAGAGAUGAUUACAGAGAUGAUCAUACAAGAUUAAGUGUAUGGGUGUUAGAUGGGGAUCCUGGUCAUACAGGAUUGUUGAAAUUUGCAUUAAAUGAAGAGACAUUUCCACAUACUUUAGUCAUCCUUACAGUAACAAUGACUGCUCCUUGGGGAAUUCUAGAGCAGCUGCAACAUUGGGCAUCAGUUUUAGCUGAUCAUCUUGAUAAGUUAAAGUUAGACUUAGACACAAGACAAGCACGAAGGCAACAUAUUGUUAGAAUAUGGCAAGAGUAUGUGGAGCCUGGUGAUGAAUUAGAUCCUGCUUCUCCCAUGAAAAGGAGUUCAAGAAAUCUUGGUGAAAGUGAUCAUGAUAAUGAAUUGGGAGAGGGUCUCCCACUACCUGAAGGAACUCUCACUAGUAAUCUCGGAUUAGACAUAGUAGUGGUUGUUACAAAAGUAAGAUUUGUUUAAAUAUAGUUUAACUUUUGAUAAAUUAUUAAGCA